GAACAAUAGCAAACCCCAGCCUCUUCGACUAUUCAGGCCAUCUGCUACCUUAUAAAAGGCAGCUCCCCCGACCUUCGUUCUUACCUUCGUUACAGAUAUUUCGUUUCAAGCUUGUUUCGACUUGAGGUCUCUGCAAAGCUCCACCUCAACUGUAUCCAUCAAGCUCACGGCAUAUCUAUCAUACACAUCAGCCAUUAGCAAAUACUGCAAGCAACAUACCUUGGUCCUUCUCAAUGUGGGCUUCAACCAUGUUGUCACCAGAUUCUCCUGGCUCUCAGAGCAUGGGAUUACCCCUUGUUCUGCCAAUGAAUCACCAACAUCUGCUUCAAACCGGGCUCGGACGCGCCGCAAGCUCAGCUCCGUUCAACCAAUCCGGCCAUUGCCAGCCAGAACACACUUUGUUUUAUCAGUCUCUUUCUCCUUCAACUGACGAUACUCCGUCUAAUAACGAUGCAAUUUUGCGUCCACUUUCCGCUGAUCAUCCACUUAUGGUUGAAUUGCGGGAAGUGCGCCACUUUCAAACUCAGCUUCGACGCGUGUAUUUCGAAUCCGUGUUCGAUCUCAAAGAGCGCGGCUAUGACAAGAAGCAUUUCGAAGACGAGCUCGCUACUUUUGAAUUUCUUCAUGCUGAAUCGGAGCAAAAUAUCAUUGACUUAAGCGGCCAGAUCAAGCUCGCUGAAUUGGGCUACGCCUGGAAUCCUUUGCAGCCAUAUGGCCAUCCAUUGGCAAAAGUGCCACUAGGUGGAAUGAGACGUGAUUCUGAAGUAUCUGAGUCUUCCGAUGAGAACGUACAAGAGUCUUUACAUGAGACUAGAGUUUUCAGAGGACAUGACAGAACUCUUGCGAGCCAGUCACAUCGGUUCAGCCCGUACUCAAGAAGCACUCGCCACGGCAGCAGCAAACAAAACACCAAGAGCCCCAAGGACGAACCUGUGAUUUGGAACGAUUCCGAAGAAGAGAUCGCUCUUGAACGUUGGUUGCUCACAAUGGGCAUGCACAAUGGCGAGACCUCUCCUUCUCCGUUCAAACUUGAACCUGGACGAAAGACUGGUAUUACUGUUUUCAAGAAAGAGUCUCAGGGAUGCAAGGAGGAGAAAGACGAUGGAUACUCUGCCUCUGAUGAGCGCGACGACUUCAAGUAUCACUCUGGACAGCUUUCUGGGGGAAAGAAUCCUCACCAUCAUGGCAAGAUUAGAAAUUCCAAAUGGACCAAGACUAUUGGACGCCGCACUCCAGCUUCAGUGAGCAUAUCCAAACGCCUCAAUCGAGUCCAGAAGUCCAAAUCAUCCAAGCGUAUGUCCAACAAAUACAGCAACACAACCGGACUCGGCAGCUAUAACUUCCGCAGCGGUAGCAACAAAUCCGGUUAUUACCGUCGCAGUCGCAGCCCGCCUAGAGACCGUUGCGAGCGAUGGGAAUCAUACUCAGAAGAGAGCAAUUCUCCUGUACCCGUUUCCUCUUCCAACUUCCCUCACAGACGGGCAGAACCUUCUUCGCCAGUCUAUCUCGCCACUCCGCUUCGAUAUCCUCCCAGUUUUGUCGGACAUGAAAGCUACCCCCCAGACUUGCCCUUGAAUCUUAAUCGGCCCAGUCUAGUCGAAGAACGACAGCAGCAAGAACAAGCGGAGCAAGAACGGCUUGAGGAGCAGAUGCAGGAGGAGCACGAUAAUUACACUCACUUUAUGGACUUUGGUGAGGCGCCUAACAGUGGCAACCCCCUGACAGCUCAACCUGGAGUCAUGCGGUACAGUGAAGAAAGAGAGGCCGACGCCGACGCCAUGAAGAGAAUGAUCAAAGCAGAGCAGGAGGUGUUUACUGAACUGGUUAGUUCUUCUUCUCUCUCUGACCGCAUGAUUCUCGAGCAAGGUCUUUUCGUCAGCAGCCACCCGACCGCUCAGCGCGACUUGUCCGCUAGAAACACGUCUUCCUCCUCCUCGUCGCGUCGUCGGGGCGUUUACUCCUCCAACCCUUGCGAUCGAGGCUCCGACUUUGAGAGACGCAAGAACGAAGAGCUCGAUUACUACAAUUCUUUGGUCCGCUCUUCUCCCCCGCUGACUGAGCGCCGUCCCAACAAUUACACUUUCUACACCGACCUUGUGCACCGCCCCCGCCCAGACUUCUGCACCUCAGCUAGCUAUCUUCCUUAUAUGAACCCUACUCCUACCAUUAAGGUUGAGGAGGAUGACGACGAUGAUAUGUCCGACCUUUAGACAGCUCUCAAGCAAUACUUGGCGUGUCUCAGUUCCUGAACACCCUCUCUGGAUACAAUCCUGCUAUCCCUUGGUUAGUUUCCGCGAUUGCCGCUGGAUACAAACUUGACCGAUGACCGAUCCGAACACGAUUAGAUUUCAUAACUCUUUCUUCUUUUGUUUUGCUUUUUUGCGCAUCCUUUUAUUGUUUGCGGAUCCUUCUAUUGUUUUUUCGGAUCCAUCUUUGUACUACGCGCGCAAUGCCUGUCCGUUCUCAAGGGCAUCGACUUUAAAUAUCACUUAGUAUUUGCUCCAUUAGCUCC